GAUUGGUGACAGUGAAGCGAUCAUAAAAUAAAGAUGUUUGCAAACUUCAAUUCUUUCUCAGUAAUAGAUCCAACAAACAGUAACCGAGAACAAAAUUUCAAGUUCCCCCGCAAAAUCUGUCGAUUGGCGAAAUUAAUACUCUAAAUUUCCGUUCUACGAUGUUGAAAUUCGAACACGAAAUAACGCCAAAAUCUGUUAUCAAAAACCAUCGUAACAAACGAAGAACUUAUUGGUGCGCUCCUAGAAGAGUAAAAAGUACAGUUAUUGUAGGAAAUUUCGACAAUUCGUUGACACAGAAGAAAAAUAUAAAAAAAAGGCAUCAUAAGAAAAAACGAAAAACUAUAAAAAGCCUGAGACGCAUUGAUAUCUUAGCGCAGCCUAAAUCUAUAAAACAUAAAGUAGAACAUAAGAACCAUUUUUCUACAGUAAGCAAAUCUGCUCAAAAGUAUCAAUUUCCAAAAAGGUCUAUUUCAUCGGAUCAAAAAGGUGCCAUUUACCAACGUAAAACAUUCAGAAUAAAAAAGUUUAAAGGUACACGUGAGUUGCCAAUGAACUCUACAUUGAAGGAUCGUUCGACAAUUAUAUUACCUAAGAAGCUAGGUGUCCGAUUAAUUGCUUUAGUAAAAAAGAAACUUAAAGAAUUAGCAAAUUCUAACAAUACGUAAGAAAGGCUGAUUGAAGACGAAAAGACUGCAAAGUCGCGCAGUAUAUC